UCUUUGGUUAAACCCCAUUGGGAAUGGCGGGUCAUUAGAGUGCAUAAAAGUUGUUGAUCUCCACAAUAGUUCGCAAUUUAUCUUUGAAAGAAUAAGUUGUAGGAAAAAAACAACAACACGUGGUUUAUGGGCUCAGCUGAUUCUACAAUGAAAGGACGGUUACUUCUCGAGGAUGGAUUUGAAGUCGAAGGAAUCCAUUUUGGAGCGAAUAAAAGUAUCCCAGGAGAAGUUGUAUUUCAGACUGGAAUGGUUGGUUACCCAGAAUCUCUCACUGAUCCAUCCUACAGUCGACAGAUUUUAAUCUUGACUUAUCCACUGAUUGGGAAUUAUGGGAUACCAGCUGAUGAUUGUGAUGAAUUUGGACUGAAGAAAUGGUUUGAGUCAUCAAAGAUCCAUGUUGCUGCCUUAAUUGUAGGAGAUUUCUCUGAGCAGUAUAGUCAUUGGAGUGCUAUUAAAUCUCUUUCCGAUUGGUUGAAAGAGUACAAUAUCCCAGCAUUGUAUGGAAUAGAUACAAGAAUGUUGACAAAGAGAAUUAGGGAAAAAGGAACUAUACUUGGAAAGGUAAUAAUGGAAGGAGUAGAUCCUGAGUCUUUUCCAUAUGAAGAUCCAAACAUAAUGAACUUAGUACAACAAGUGUCUAUAAAGAAACCAGUGGACUAUAAUCCUAAAGGUGAUGUUAAAAUAGUAGCAGUUGAUUGUGGUAUAAAGUACAAUCAGAUUCGAUGUCUGUGUGAGCGUGGGGCACAUGUCACAGUAGUUCCAUGGGAUUAUCCACUCAAAAGCAAAGAUUAUGAUGGUUUAUUUCUUAGCAACGGACCGGGUGAUCCACAAAUGUGUAAACAGACUAUACAGAAUCUCAAUCAGCUGAUCAAAGAAGCAGACUACAAGCCCAUAUUUGGAAUAUGUCUUGGACAUCAACUUUUGUCUUUGGCAAUUGGUGCUUCAACAUAUAAAAUGAAAUAUGGAAACAGAGGACAUAAUCAGCCAUGUAUCUAUGACAACACAAUCAGAUGCUUUAUAACAACACAAAAUCAUGGUUUUGCCGUUGAUGUUGCAAAUUUACCAAAAGAAUGGCAGCCAUUGUUUACCAAUGCCAAUGAUAAAACAAAUGAAGGUGUUGUCCAUACCUCCAAACCUUUUUAUAGUGUCCAGUUUCAUCCAGAACAUAUGGGUGGACCAAGAGAUCUUGAGUCCUUGUUCGAUGUGUUUUUGGACCAAGUAAGAGCUCACAAGAAGGGGAACAAAAGUUUAACAGUAAAAGACCGACUUAAUAUGGCCCUACAGACACCUGUACAUGUACCUCCUGUGGCUAGUACCAGACCAAAGAAAGUUCUUAUCUUAGGCUCUGGUGGGCUAUCUAUAGGCCAAGCUGGAGAAUUUGAUUACUCAGGUUCACAGGCAAUAAAAGCUUUGAAAGAAGAAAGCAUACAGACAGUGUUAAUAAAUCCAAACAUUGCCACAGUGCAGACAUCGAAAGGACUGGCAGAUAAAAUCUACUUUUUACCUAUCACACCAGAAUAUGUCAUACAGGUGAUAAAAAGUGAACGUCCUGAUGGUGUUUUGUUGACCUUUGGUGGUCAAACAGCAUUGAAUUGUGGGAUAGAAUUGACAAAACAAGGCAUAUUAGAAAAGUAUAAUGUGAAGGUUUUAGGGACACAAGUGGCAUCUAUUGAAUGGACAGAAGAUAGGAAAGUGUUUGCUGAAAAGAUGGAAGAAAUAAAUGAACAUGUUGCUCCAAGUGAAGCUGCUUAUACAGUUGAUCAGGCAGUGCAAGCAGCUGAAAACCUAGGAUAUCCUCUAUUGAUUAGAGCAGCAUUUGCCUUAGGUGGACUGGGUUCCGGUUUUGCUGACAACAAGGAGGAGUUGAUAUCCUUAGUGACCUCAGCCUUUGCUCAUACAAGUCAAGUUCUGAUAGACAAAUCCUUAAAAGGAUGGAAGGAAGUAGAGUAUGAAGUGAUCAGAGAUGCCUUUGACAAUUGUAUCACUGUCUGCAACAUGGAAAAUGUAGAUCCAUUAGGAAUCCAUACGGGUGAAUCAAUAGUGGUAGCUCCAAGUCAGACACUUACCAACACAGAAUAUAACAUGUUGAGGACUACUGCCAUUAAAGUCAUCCGGCAUCUGGGCAUCGUUGGAGAGUGUAAUAUACAGUACGCUCUCAAUCCUGAAUCUCAUGAGUACUACAUAAUAGAAGUGAAUGCCAGAUUAUCACGAAGCUCAGCUUUAGCCAGCAAGGCAACAGGAUAUCCACUGGCUUAUAUAGCAGCUAAACUAUCUCUUGGUAUACCACUUCCUGAACUCAGAAACUCUGUCACUAAUUCAGAGAAGACACCAACCACAGCUUGUUUUGAACCUAGUUUGGAUUACUGUGUUGUUAAAAUUCCGCGUUGGGACCUGAAGAAGUUCUCGAGGGUUUCUACCAAGAUUGGUAGUUCUAUGAAGAGUGUGGGAGAAGUGAUGGCCAUUGGUAGGAAGUUUGAGGAAGCAUUUCAGAAGGCUUUACGUAUGAUGGAUGAGAAGGUUGUAGGAUUUGACCCCUACAAGAAAAAAGUAUCAGAGGCUGAUUUACAGAACCCAACAGACAAGCGGAUAUUUGUUUUGGCGGCAGCUAUUAGAGCUGGGAAAAGUAUUGAUGAACUAUACAGACUGACAAAGAUAGAUAAAUGGUUCCUCUACAAGUUUAAAAAUAUUGUUGAUCACAACACUAAACUAGAAGAAUUUGCUGGACGAGGACAGGAAAUCUCACAUGAUCUGAUGCUGAGAGUUAAACAGCUGGGUUUCUCAGAUGAACAAAUAGCGAGAGCUAUUAAAAGUUCUGACCUUGUGGUGCGUAAGAUGAGACAGGAAAUGACUAUAACACCUUACGUCAAACAAAUCGACACAGUAGCAGCAGAAUGGCCCGCCCAGACAAACUACCUCUAUCUGACAUACAAUGCUGCUGAGCAUGAUCUGGCCUUUGAUGGAGGAUUUAUCAUGGUGAUAGGGUCUGGCGUGUACAGAAUAGGGAGUAGUGUGGAGUUUGAUUGGUGUGCUGUUAAUUGUAUUACUACACUUAGGGAGAUGGGACAUCAGACCAUUAUGGUAAACUACAAUCCCGAGACCGUUAGUACUGACUAUGAUAUGUGCGACAGAUUGUACUUUGAUGAAAUUUCAUUUGAGACAGUAAUGGAUAUUUAUAACCUUGAAGAUCCAGAUGGUAUCAUUUUGUCUGUUGGAGGACAGCUACCUAACAAUAUUGCCAUGCAGUUACAUAGGCAACAGGCCAGGAUACUAGGGACUUCACCAGAGUGCAUUGACAAUGCAGAAAACAGAUUUAAAUUUUCCCGUAUGUUGGACAACAUGGGUAUACAGCAGCCCCUGUGGAAGGAACUUACUGAUUUAGAGUCUGCAAUCACGUUCUGUGAGAAUGUUGGUUACCCUUGUCUUGUGAGACCAUCAUAUGUACUGAGUGGGGCGGCUAUGAAUGUAGCUCACUCUAGCAGUGAACUCAAGGCGUACCUGUCUCAGGCCUCAGCCUUGUCUAAAGAUCAUCCUGUAGUUAUCUCAAAGUUCAUACUAGAAGCAAAGGAAAUAGAUGUCGAUGCUGUAGCUUCUGAUGGUGAAGUUAUUUGUAUGGCUGUCUGUGAACAUGUAGAAAAUGCCGGAGUCCAUUCAGGGGAUGCAACUCUUGUCACUCCUCCACAAGAUUUGAAUGAAGAGACAUUAGCAAAGAUAAAAGUGAUUUGUUGUUCCAUAGGAAGAGCUCUAGAAGUUAAUGGACCUUUUAAUAUGCAACUCAUUGCAAAGGACAAUCAGUUGAAGGUCAUAGAAUGCAAUGUCAGAGUGUCAAGGUCAUUCCCAUUUAUUUCAAAAGCAUUGGAUUAUGACUUUAUUGACACAGCAACCCGAGUAAUUAUGGGUGAACCAGUUGAAGUAGUAAAUGUAUUGUAUGGUUGUGGUAGAGUGGCUGUCAAGGCACCAGUCUUCUCAUUUUCUCGUCUCCAUGGUGCUGAUGUGUUGCUAGGAGUUGAAAUGGCUAGUACCGGAGAGGUAGCCUGCUUUGGAGAAAACCGUUAUGAAGCUUACUUAAAGGCUUUGAUGAGCACAGGCUUCAAAAUUCCAAAGAAAAAUAUACUUCUGUCCAUUGGCAGCUUUAAGGACAAGACUGAAUUAUUACCAGCAAUUAAAAACUUGGAACAGAUGGGUUAUAACCUAUAUGCUAGUAUGGGAACAGCUGAUUUUCUCUCAGAACAUGGAGUGAAAAUACAAGGUGUAGAUUGGCCUUAUGAAGAUACUGGUGAAUGCAGAAAUGGUGGUGAACAGAGGACCAUAGCAGACUAUCUAGCUGACAAAAUGUUUGACUUGGUUAUUAACCUACCGCUGCGAGGGUCAGGAUCACAGAGGGCGUCGUCAUUUGUUACCCAGGGGUAUAAGACCAGAAUGAUGGCUGUGGGUUACUCAGUACCAUUGAUAACUGAUGUCAAAUGUACUAAACUUAUCAUUGAGGCAUUACGUAGAUUAAAAGGUGCCCCUCCACUUAAGACACACAUAGAUUGUAUAGCAUCACACAGAGUAGUGCGACUACCAGGUCUCAUUGAUGUCCAUGUUCAUGUUAGAGAACCAGGAGCUACACAUAAAGAAGAUUUUGCUUCAGCAACUGCAGCAGCUCUAGCAGGGGGGAUAACUCUCAUCUUAGCUAUGCCUAAUACUAAUCCUCCAACAGUGGAUGAUCAAGCAUUUGCAAUAACUCAAAAGUGUGCUAAACAAGGUGCUCGUUGUGAUUAUGGUAUAUUUGUUGGAGCCAGUAGUACCAAUUACAGCACAUUACCUCAGAUUGGUGGGAAAGCUGUAGCAUUGAAGAUGUACCUGAAUGAUACUUUUACAACACUGAAACUAGAUGACAUAUCAAUAUGGAUGAAGCAUUUUGAACAUUGGCCAAAGCAUUUACCACUGUGUUGUCAUGCUGAAGGAACUCAUACAGCUGCUGUCAUUCUACUGUCAGAACUAUUUAAACGUCCAGUUCACAUAUGUCAUGUGGCCAGGAAAGAGGAAAUCCUUGUUAUAAGAGCAGCUAAAGAGAAAGGUCUGGCUGUCACAUGUGAAGUAGCUCCACAUCACCUGUUCCUGACCGCUGAUGACCUUGAUAAUGUAGGUCACCUAAGAGGUCAAGUUAAACCUCCACUUUGUACCAAAGAAGACCAACAAGCAUUAUGGGAUAACAUGGAAAUAAUUGAUUGUUUCGCAACAGAUCAUGCUCCACAUACAUUAGAAGAGAAGGAUGGAGCCAAGCCACCCCCUGGAUUCCCAGGUUUAGAGACUAUGUUACCUAUGUUGUUAACAGCUGUUAAUCAAGGGAGACUAACUUUAGAUGACAUAGUUAGCAGACUGCACACUAAUCCACGAAGAAUAUUUAAUCUACCAGAACAGCCAGACACAUACAUAGAAGUUGAUAUGGAAAGUAAAUGGAUCAUUCCAGAAAGUAUGAAAUUUACAAAAUCAAAAUGGACACCCUUUGCUGGCAAACAUGUGGUUGGAAAAGUUAGACGUGUCAUGCUCAGGGGAGAAGUAGCAUAUAUAGAUGGAGAGGUUGUUUUGAAUCCAGGAUUUGGUUGUGAUAUCAAAAGCUACAAACAUUUCCCAAGCCAGGUACAGAGUGACCAGCUACAAGUACAGAUUCCACCUGGAACUUAUGUUGGAUCUUCUGCUCCAUCAUCAGAGCCAUCCAGUCCUAGAAAGAUCUUACAAGGAGCUUCCUAUGAUAGAUUGACCAAUAAACCAGUCAAAGUAGAAAGUUACACUUCCUAUGCUAGUGGAUAUGAUAGUAGCAGGGAUAGAGAUCUUGGUAUGAUAACACCACCACACACACAGAUGUCUACCAUUCUACAACCAGUAGGACUGCCUCACUAUACACACGGUGUUACUGGUCACCAUGUAUUGACUGUAAAGGCAUUCCAAAAAGAACAGCUUCACCAUUUGUUUAACUUAGCACAUCAGUUUAGAUUGGCAGUGAUCAGAGACAAAUCAUUAGAUUUUAUACUCAAGGGUAAAGUAAUGGCCUCUAUGUUUUAUGAAGUAAGUACUAGAACAAGUUGUUCUUUCUCUGCAGCUAUGCAGCGACUUGGUGGAACUGUUGUCUACAUGGAUGAGGCUCAUUCUUCUGCACAGAAGGGGGAGACACUGGAGGAUUCAGUGAUGACAAUGAGUGGUUACUCUGAUGUAAUAGUUAUAAGACAUCCAAAGCCUGGAGCAGUCACUUCUGCGGCCCAACUUUCACGGAAGCCAGUUAUAAAUGCAGGUGAUGGUGUUGGGGACCAUCCAACACAAGCCUUACUCGAUGUCUUCACAAUCAGAGAAGAAAUUGGUACAUGUAAUGGAUUAACUGUAACAAUGGUUGGAGACCUAAAGAAUGGUAGAACUGUCCAUUCCUUGGCUAAGCUACUGACCCAAUACAGGGUCAAGUUUAGAUAUGUAUCACCAGACUUGCUUAAGAUGCCAGAUAGUGUUAAAAACAUUGUUUCAGAAAAAGGAAUUCCACAGGAAGAAUUUAGUAGUUUAGAAGAUGCCUUGCCAGAGACAGAUGUACUAUACAUGACAAGAAUACAGAAAGAAAGAUUUUCAUCUUCUGAAGAAUUUGAAAAGGCAUUUGGACAGUUUAUCGUCACACCAGAAUUGAUGACAAAAGCUAAGAAGAAAAUGGUUGUUAUGCAUCCACUACCAAGAAAUAACGAAAUUAGCACUGCCUUUGAUACUGAUCCCAGGGCUGCCUACUUCAGACAGACAGAGAAUGGAAUGUUUGUGAGGAUGGCAUUACUAGCACUAGUACUUGGGAAAUGUUGAUAUAUAUGACACACUUUAAGGUUUCAUGCAUCCUAUUAUAUUAAUUUUUCCUAUUAAAAUGCACAUGAAUCAAAAGCAAAACUUUACAACAUUUGAUCCAAAUGAAACCAAAUUCAAAUGUUUUAAGAAUAAGAUGCUAUAAGAUAUCACUUUUUGAUCAUUUUUGUUGCCAUAAGAAACUCAGAAGUCUGAUAGCUUUUAACAUUGCUGGUUUAUUGUGUGCAUAUCCUCAGAAGAAACUGAAACGAAAAAUCAGUUUAAUAAUCUUUAGAUAAGUUGUUUUUGUAUUUUAAUUUGUACUUUAUAGAAUUAGUCAAUUACAUGAAUUGUUGUGUUUCUAUUGUACUCAGUAUAUAUAAAAAUAAAUAAUGUGUGUGGUCUGUUAAAAGGUGUGUUAAAAUAGGAGGUUAUCAUAUUAUAGUAUAUAAUACUUGUUGACAAAUAAGACCACUGAAUUAUAUUAACUACUAGAGAGUAACCUAGAUAUUUAAAAAACAUAAAUGGAUGGGUGUGAUUCUAUUUAUGAUAACCAGGUGUUUAAAGCUAUGAUGCGUAACUUACAUUAUUUGUACACAUUAUUUGUUUUUUAACCUGAAGGUUAAAAACAAGGUUAUAAGUGUAUGACACUACUUUAUGUAAGCACAGAAACUUCAUAUCAAUCAUCAAAAGUUCAACUAACAUGUGACAUUUUGGGUUUAUUCUCAGUAAGGGUCUUUUUUCAAAUAGAACAUGAUUUAAAUACAAAUGUCAGUUUUAAAUUACUUAAAUUCAAGCAAGUCAUCUUGUAAAAGUAAGACAAGUUAUGAUAUAUGGGUGAAUUAUUUUUUUUGAAAUUGUUGCAUUAAAGAUGUAUAUCUAUAUUUGAAAGUAUUACAUUAAUGUUAUAUUAAUGUUUUAAUAAAUUCAUAUUUUCAUACACUGGUAUUCAUAGGCUUAUCUGUAGAUCCUUAAUAAUGAAAAGUUCAGAACUAUUAUGUGUAUGUGUGGUACAUUGCACCAAUUUUUUGGUCCAUUUACCUUACUUCAUAUUCAAAGAUUUCUACAAAACUUAUAGGUAAUACUUCAUUUAAAUGUUAGAUGCUGCUCUGUUUUGGUCCAUUUUGAAUCCUUAGAGAAAUCUGAAAUCUAGUCAAAACAUUCAAGACUUGUACUGCCAUUUUCAUUGGGCAUUUAUUGAAUAUUUGAUAGAUGUGAUUACUUUGAUUAUAUUUCUAUUUCUCUUAACCUGGAAAUAUUUAGUAUAUCAUUCAUUAUAGUUUUAUAGCCGGUUUUCCACUGAAAUAGAUAUGUGAGGGUAGGAAGUACUUUUACCACCAAAAUCCUAAAUAACUAACACAAUUUCAUUGAGUAACUUUGAAUACAUCAAAUGAAAAUAUAACUAUAAAGAACAAUGUCUAAAAAUAGAAUUUUCCUUCCUUUCUGUUCACACAAAUUCAAGAAAUUCAAAUGAUUAGUGUUUGGGUUUUUUUUUAAUAAUUUUCCAGCUUCAAGGAUUUUCAAUGAAAAACAUGCAUUUUGAAAUUUAUAUUUUUCAUAAGACUUAUUUUUCUGAAUCCAAUAACUUAAUGUACAGAUCCAUUUUAGGGUAAGAUUACUUUUGGAUAUUUCUAUAGAUGUCAAAUAAUUAUUUACUGUUUUGAGUGUCUGUCCACUUUGUAUAAGACUUUGUUGAUAUUGUUUACAAUUAUUUUUUUUGUAUUGUCUAUAUAUUUUUUGUAGUGUUUUUUGGUGCAUAAUUAUAUUUUAUUUUUUUCUGGAAACAUGUUUAAUUGUUUUCUUAUUACAGUUGUCAAUAUUGUGUUCAUUACAUAUAUACAUAUUUAAAUUUAUAAUAUAGUGCUAAAUGUUUAGUCAUUAAGUAUAUAAUAUAAUUAAUAAGCCAGGUCUGGUUUUCAAAAAAUCUUACAGCUGCUUGAUAAAAAAGAGUUCAUUAUAAAGAAAUAAAACUCUUCCAGACAACAUUUUGUUACGAAUUAGUCACAUCAAACAAAAUAUGACAUGAUUUAUUUUCUUAUAUUAAUACAGAUAAUCAUUUUACCAACUACUCUUGUUGGUGCUGUUGUUCGUCAAGUGAUUUAGCUGUUCUUUUGUUUUUCAAUAAUGUUUUGGAAUUAACAGGGGAAUAAAUUGCAACAUAUAGUAUAGGAAAAUGUUAAAAAUUUGUUUAAUAUAUAAUUAUGUUGCAUAUAUAUUAUCUUAUAGUUUAGUAAUAAUUUUAAACCAAUAUUUAGAGUUUUAAUUCUACAUAAUAAAUGAACAGCAGAUCAAUUUUGAAUUUGGAUGUUCCUUAUAGAAGCCAUCUCAAUGAGACCUAUGGAUGAAGGAAUUUAAAUCUAUUAUAGCAUUUCCAGUUUCUAUAAUAAAUAUGUUCAAUACUUCCCUAAUAUAUUUGGAGGGGUUUACUUUGUUAUUGUAUAGAACUUCUACUAAAAAUACAUGCAUGUAUUAUGUAUAUCAAAUUAUUGUUUAAAACUUUUGUAAAAAUAGACUACAUAUAUUUCUUGAUGAUAUUGUCAUUUAUAUUUGUGCAUAAUAGAUAGGUAUAUAUACAACUAACACAGGUAAAAUGGUGCAUACUUUAUGAUCUCUAUAUGUUAAUAAAUAUAUUAUUGGUUA